AUGAGAAGUAUAGGUUUCUUUUUAGCAAGGAUAUCUAAUAAAUAUAGUAAAAAGACGACUGAAUUCGAGAUAAGAUAUCUGAACUGUAAAGCCAGAUCAUUCACAUCAAAAAUAACCAACGACCAAUUGAAAUUAGUGAAACAGCUAAGAGAAAUAACAAAAGAAGGAGUUUUAACAUGUAAAAAAAUUCUUUCAGAACACAAUUGGAAUAUAACCUCUGCUAUAUCUCAUAUACAUGGAAGUCAAGAAUCCAGAGUCUAUGAUUUGGAUUUAGGAACUCUAAAGCACGGUAAAAUAGCAGUUUACGAACCUUCCGUUGGAAAUAUCUCAGCUUCUGUUGAACUAAAAUGUAAUUGUAGUUUUGUUUCAUCUAGCAACAACUUUGUUAACUUAUGUACUACAAUUUGCAAAUCAAUUGUAAGGAGUAUAAAUCGUGAAUAUAAAGACAUAUCAUGUCAGAAUGGAAAAAUACUCUAUACAGAUUCAGAAAGGGUAAAUGAUAUUUUGGCCUACCAAAAUACAAAUAGUGAAGACGACCAUAUUACUAUAGAAGCUUUGUUGAAAAGAAUAUCUAGUCAAUUCGGGACUAAUAUAAUAUUAGACAAUGUUAUGAGUUGGAAAAACACUGCAAAUUCCACAUUCGGUACAUAUAUUCACCAAAAAGGAUGUUUUGAUGGAGUUUUUCUGGGAAAUAGAAUAAGUGUAAUUGGUGUUACGUAUGAUUCUGAUAAAACGACACUUAGACAACCGCUACGAGAAAUAGCAGAUUUAUUAGCCAUGCAAUUAGUUGCAUGUCCUCUUAUACAAAUUGGAGAAAAUAAUAAGGAAUGUAAUCAAGAUUUACUAAUAGAUUUGUUUAUGAACCAAACAAUUAUUAAAUUUGAUGAAUUAAAUGCAAUUCUAACUCAGCUUUCUAAUGAUAAACUGUAUCCUCCAAUAAAUUCGGAAACAAAGGUUUAUGAAGUUAUCAAGAUUAUAGGAUCUAUAAUAUCGUCCCCGUUUAAAGUUGAAUCUCUUGCUUAUAUUCAUAGUGGUCUUAUAAAUUUUCGAAUAUAA